AUGCUGCGCAGAGACUCUGCGGUGAGGGGAAUAGUCACGCCUUCAGGGCAGGAAAUCAAAGUGUUUCAGUAUGCUGAUGACACCAAUCUGGUCCUUAGAGACGUGGAGAGUGUGAAGGCCUCUCUCCUCCAGCUGAACAUCUUUUGCCUUGCAUCGGGGGCAAAAAUUAAUUUUAAUAAGUCCAAAAUAAAGUAUUGCGGCGGCGUCAUACCUGCCCCCCUCCCUGUCCAGCUUCAGGACGCUGGGGACAUGUAUACGAUGCUCGGUGUCCCGCUGGGAGGAGAUGAGAGGGAACUCUUGGAGGCAUGGAGAGCGUUCAGGCCUCUGACGGUGGCGGUACCAGACUCUCUUGAGGCUCUCAUGCUCAUGCCACUCCGUCACAACCCUGACAUGCUCUCGGCUCCUCCUGGGAAGCGAGAGUGCAUGGUCAGUGGGGCGAUGGAGGAGAAUGGAUUUGUAAAUAUAGGAGCCCCACUGCAGAACACAUAUGGUCACAAACAUUCCCCACACGCACCAUUGCAUCCAUCUGGGCUCACAUAUAUAAUUGGUACACUCCGCAUAGAAUAUGGCAGGGACUGCCCCCUGUGUCAGGGCCCCCCCGAGACCUUGGAGCACCUGCUGGUCUUGUGCCCAGCCGUCCGCCCCUUCUGGACCCGGGUCCAGGAUCUGCUCGCACGGAGGCUGGCAUGGAGACUCCCCACGCCGGCUGCCCUAGGAGGGGGAGACAAGGAGUCCUGGCUCCUCCACUUUGGGCCCAUCGGAGGUCGCUCUGGAGCCACCAACAACAUCGACCUGGUUCGACUCAUUACUGCAAUGGCCCGCUACACAGUCUUCAUCGUCCGGAACAUCUAUCUUCACGACCGCCGAACAGCACUUCACUGGCCCACAUUCACGGGACUGUUGACCGCACACCUCCGUCACCUGCACUCUGCAUUGGAGCAACGGUUCACCAGCACUCUUGUCCCCCACAACACCCUGAUCCAACUCACACCAUCUGGACUGACACUGAACCUCUGA